CGGAGAGUGAUGAGAGAUGCCGCCGGUGGGCUGGUCCGCUCGACACCCGGAUGUAGACGGCCGCUGUCUCCGCCGGGCUCGAGCGCUUUAGCCGGGAUUCGCGUCUUUCCAUUCGGCAGCAUCAAUUUGCAGUAAUGAGGUUGUCUUUGCAGAAGGGAACAAUGCCAUCGUCUUAAAGUCAACGUUUCACAAUUGGGUGGAAGCAUGGAGGACGAUUUGGUUUCGGAAGAUGACAUUUUGCUGCGCUCGGAGAAGGAAUUCCAUGAUGCAGCGAAAAGGAACGACACGGAUAGGAUGCAGGAGCUGAUAAGAAGAGGGGUGGACGUCAAAGCCAAAAACAACAUAGACAGGAAGGCCCUGCACUGGGCGGCAGGAGCAGGACAUGAGCAAGCCCUGCGUCUGCUGCUGCAGCAUGAUGCAGCAGUGGAUGAUGAAGACUGUUUUGGUAUGAACGCUCUGCUGCUGGCCUCCUGGUUUGGUCACCUAAAGAUCCUUCAGAUUCUUGUGAAUGCAGGAGCGAAGAUCAACUGUGAAAACAAAAACGGAUUGAACCUCCUGCACUGUGCUGCUCAGAGGGGCCACAUAAAGGUGAUGGAGUUCAUCAUGGAGGAUCUAGAGGAUGUGCGUGUUGAUAAACUAGACAAGUCCGGCAGGACAGCGUUCCACCUGGCAGCAGAGCAUGGGCAGCUGGAGGUGGUGUAGUUCCUGAUUGGCUCUGGGUGUACACAUGGCCUGAAAGACAAGGAGCAAAACACAGCACUGCAUUUAGCGGCCAAGAACGGAUAUUCCAAGGUCCUGCAGAAGAUCGUGGAAACAGGAGUGGACGUGGACGAGAAGAACAUUGAAGGUCUGACAGCCCUGCAUUUUUCCGCUGAAGGAGGGCACUAUGAAUGUGUGAAACUGCUGUUGGAAUCAGGCUGUGACAUUAAUGCUCAGACAUAUAAGAACAUGAGUGCUCUCCAUUAUGUAGCACUGCAUGGUUAUGAGAAUGUAGUGCGACUGCUGCUGGAAGGGGGGAUUAAUAUGGAUGCCGUGAACAAUCAACAUGCCACCCCUCUUCACAUCGCCGUGCUCAGCAACUUCCCUGGGACAGUAAAACUGCUGAUUGAUGACAAGUGUGACCUUGACAUUGCAGACAGUAGGCAGCAGACAGCCCUGCACAUAGCUGCGGAACAUGGGCGCCAGGACAUUGCGGAGAUGAUCCUUAUAGCCGGGGUCAAUUUAAAACUGCUCGAUAAGCAAGGGAAGACAUCCCUGGACGUUGCUGCAAGAGGCAACCAUGUCAACUUGGUGGACAUGAUUAUCAAGGCUGACAGAUUUUACAAAUGGGAAAACGACAAUCUGAACAGCGACUCCAGCUCCUGGGUAGGGAAACACUUGUCCUUCAGGCAGGAUCACAGGCUGGAGACGCAGCACAUCCGCUCAGUCAUCUGGAGACUCGCAACCAAGUACCUCAAGCCCGGCGAGUGGAAGAAACUGGCACAUUACUGGAAGUUCACCGAGGCCCACAUCAGGGCCAUAGAGCAGCAGUGGACUGGCACAAAAAGCUACAAAGAGCACGGCCACCGCAUGUUGCUCAUCUGGCUCCAUGGUGUGAUCGUGGCAGGAGAGAAUCCAAUCAAAGGCUUGUACGAGGGCCUGGUGGGGAUUGCCCGGAGAGACCUGGCAGAAAGCAUCAGGAGGAAAGCUAAUGCAGACACAAACUCCCCAAAGAAAUGCAUCACCAUGUGAGACCUCAUUCUCAGUCUUUUUGCUAUUGGCAGAACCAGUACGUGAAGAGCAAGACGCUGGCUGUAGUGUUGGAAGCUCAUUUGUAUGUUUUAAUGGGUGAAACCUGAUACAUCUUCCUACCUGCCGAUGAAAGAGGCUGGCAGUGAGAUCAGAGGCCGAGAUUUUAGGGAACAGGACUUUCAUAUGGGGACCAGCAACCUACUCUCCAUGCUUCGCCAGCUCAUAAGGGCUAUUUGUGUGCCUCUUAACAGGAACUGUGAUCAUUCCCUCUAAAGCCAAAAGUAUGUUUUUUAAGAGUUCUCUCUCAGUGUUUAUUUUCUACUGCAUAGUACUCUGCUUGAUCUCUAACCUCCUGAAAAGUUCACAAAGAGAAUUCAUUUCAUUUCUUGUAUUGGUGUUCGUAGUGCCAGUAUGGGAACAUACAUUUCCAUGCUGGAUAUAGCCCGUCUGCCAUACAGUAGUUCCAGAGUCCCCAUAAACAGUGUUAAAGAACAUUUGCGCUUUGUUACAUUUGUAUAAUUUGCAUAUAUGAUUGUGUGUAUGUUUAUUUUACUUAAUUAGAAUGCCAACGCAUUCUAUUCUGCAACCAUUAAAUCUCUAAUGGAUCCAUGUUUUAUUCAGAUAAUUAUUGUACUCUGAUUUUCUGUAAAUUUUCAUGUAUAACUGGUCUACUAAACAUUUCUACACUUGAUAUCUUUGUAAAAAAAAUUAAACAGUACCCUGGAAGUUACAAAAGAAGAAUGCUUUCCU